AUGAUGGGUUACGCUCCAUGCGUAAAGCAAGCUUUGAAAGGUGACUCUGCCUCACAAACGGAAGCUGCGGACUUUAUGACUCAAUUGCCAUUGAAGGCGAUCGACGCUUACACCUCUAUCAAUGAGGAUGGUACGAACACAAAGUUAGGGGUUUCAGGUCCUAACGAGAUGAACGUGGAACGGUGCCUACCCGCAGUUGCCGACAAAAUCAAUGCUCAAAAGUUCUUUAAGGAUCAGGGAGUACAAACAGAUGCUUUCAGCGGUUUGGCGCUUACGGUUGAUGGUCAACUACGAAGGGCGACAAGCCUCGUUGCACGCCGCGACAUAGCCAUAGAGACUGAGCCGCAGUUUUCCGACGUCGAUCCCGAUCGGCCGCCAGGAAUGACCCAGCUGCGGACGGAGCCUGAUGAUCAUGGUAAGCGAUCGUCACCUGAUUUUUUUUACUGUUAAUG